AUGGUGCAAUUGCAAACGGUAUUCGAAUCCAUGUGCCGGUGUUUUGGACACGAGGAAGAUUUGGACACUGGUAGCGCCACUAAUUCGGCGCAAGGGAUCCACGAGAGUUCCAGCCAAAUAUCGGCCAAGAAACGGGCCAGCCGUUUGGAACUCAAGGACAAACAAUGGGACGAACUCUUUGAGAAAACACAAAAGAGUCCAUCGAAGCAAUCGUCGCCCACCAAGAGGACGAUAUCCACGAGUACUUCUGGUGCUUCGGGCGGUAGCUCGAAACAACGGAAAAAGAAACCGGAGGAAGUCCGAGACGACAUUUUCCGAAUGAAAGCCAAGGAAGAUGCCUCCAAUUCGGCACAAGGAUUUGCCAGACUCUGGAAUCCAUACAUGGCUCUUUGUUUUGCCACUCCGGUCCGCGGCGCUUCCGAAGAAGUGGCGGCGGCAGACGAAACCGACAUGCAAUCAGACACGGCAACCCUCAACACCAAUGAAGAUACCAUUGCUUCCACGGUUUAUUUUGAAAACAAAUACAGCCACCUUACCGAAACGAGACCUCCCAUGCCACUCUUUAAUCAAUUCAAGAUUGGCAAUGAAAAGGAUGAGAUUCGAAACGUAAUGAAUUCGGAUUCCCAUUCCAGUGUGAAUAUGAUUCGCUUGUUGGCGCAAAACAACAAUGAUAACAACAAUAAUACUACCACGAGCAAUACUAAGGGAGACGACGAAGUGCCAGAUGUCACAUCCACGGACUCUUCCUCGAGGGAAUCGAGUAAGAUGAGGCCAAACAUGAGCUGA